ACGGCCAAACAGGAACUGGCACGGCGCAGUUUAUGUUGCUGGUGAUUUUGCACUGAGUUUCUACAGAAACGCUUUUUAUAACUGAAAGGAAAGUGCCGCAAUAUGUCACAGGAUUUGUGGUUACAGAAUUAUGAUGCAGCUUGUCGCCUGGCUCAAGAAAUUGCAGAAAACAUCCAUGAAAGAAAUAGACAGCUGAGGACUGGAGGAAAUCCAGCCAAGCUCAACAUGACCCUGAGAGCAUCAUUACAGAGGCUCAAACAGAAUAUAGCACAGCUCAAGGAGACAUUGACUCGAGCUUCUGCUCAACGGCGUAUAAUGCAAGCCGAAGCAGACAGAAGACAGAACCUUGUUGAUGACCUCGCUACCAGAGAAACGAGACUGAACGCCUCUUUUAAAGCAGACAUCUCAGAAGCUGAGCCAUCAAGGUCAAGUCUGAUGACAGGGGGAAAUGGUUCGGGGCCUGCCGUGAACCCGUGGCUGGUUAAUGAGUCUGAGGAGACCAGAGGACUCAGCUUUGGAGAAAUCAAACACCAACAGCAGCAUAUUAUCGAAGUUCAGGAUGCUGGCCUGGAUGCUCUGGCUGUAGUCAUAAGUAGACAAAAACAGAUGGGUCAGGAGAUCGGCAAUGAGCUAGAAGAACAGAACGAGAUCAUUGAUGACCUUGCUCAGCUUGUGGACAAGACGGACAGCCGCAUCAAAAACGAGACGCACAGAGUCAAGCUGUUGGACACUAAGUCUGCUUCCUGUGGAAUGCUGGUGGUGAUUGUUCUUCUCCUCAUCGCCAUCAUUGUCGUGGCUGUUUGGCAGACUUAAUGAAGAGAAGACGGCACAUAUACGCACUGCGGAGACUUAGAAAACCCGUCUUUGAGGUGAACGAGACAUACUCACAGGCAGCUUCCAAUCAGGCUGUAUAUGUAAACACACAUCUACUGUAUAAAAGCCUCUCCUGUCCCCUUUUACAUUUAUGAAAAUAAUGGAACCCUUGGCUGGGAUAAAGCCAAGGAAUGGACCGCUAUGAAGAACUAAAAUUCUUAGCUCCUCAGAUAAUGAUCAAAGUAGGAUUCAGAAUGGAAAGAAAACUAGAAAAGAGCUUUGAAAGGUUUUGAAUAGUAUUAUGAAAAUAACCAUGAGCUCGAGAUGCUCCAAGGGGGGAAAAACCUAUUUAAAUUCUUUGUUUGGCAGUGAAGAAAAUGAUCCGUAUCCAUCUUGUAAACAAGGUCUGAGUCACAAAGCAAUACAAAAUAUAUGUAUAUACAGUAUAAUUAAAAUGUAUUAUCUCUUAACUACAUUUACAGUUCAGAUUCUAUUUUGUAAGUACGAAAAAAUUAAAUGUGUCAUUUUGUCAUUGACGCUUUUCUGUAAAUUGUUUUUAGCCUGAAAAUGUGACGAAAUUCUAAAUUCUAAUAAAUGUAGUUGGUCAGCUUGGUCUCUAAUUUUAAUGAUCACAAAUGUUAGUGCUGAUCAUUUGUCACGUUAGGUCAUAUGUUCUUGAAUCUUUACUGUAUUUACUGACUUAAAUCUUUUUUUAAACCAAGUUUGUAAGAGGGGGAAAAAUGAAAAGGCACACUAGUAAUGUUUUGAGGUUUUAUUCCAAAUGAAUGCUGAAUAGUUCUACCAGGUUGGUGUUCAGUAGUUAUCUUCCCCUCUGGAUUUUAAUCACAACCAUCUAAACAACCACAAACUGUAAAAAAAAUAAAAAA